GCUUCGGGCUCGGAGGUCCGGACUCCGGGCUCGCCGCCUGCCGGGCCGGUUCCGCGCCCCGAACUCCCGCGCCCGGCGCCCGGCUCCCCGGCGGGCGGAGCGCACCAUGCCGCAGCUGGACUCCGGAGGGGGCGGCGCGGGCGGGGGCGACGACCUGGGCGCGCCUGACGAACUGCUGGCCUUCCAGGACGAGGGCGAGGAGCAGGACGACAAGAGUCGCGACAGCGCCGCGGGCCCCGAGCGCGACCUGGCCGAGCUCAAGUCGUCGCUGGUCAAUGAGUCCGAGGGCGCGGCGGGCGGCGCGGGGGUCCCGGGGGCCGGCACCGGGGCCCGCGACGAGGCGGAGGUCGGGGGUGAGGCGCUCGGACGGGAGCACGCUUCGCAGAGACUUUUCCCCGACAAACUUCCAGAGUCUCUGGAGGACGGCCUGAAGGCCCCGGAGUGCGCCAGCGGCAUGUACAAAGACACCGUCUACUCCGCCUUCAAUCUGCUCAUGCACUACCCUCCCCCCUCGGGAGCAGGGCAGCACCCCCAGCCGCAGCCCCCGCUGCACAACAAGGCCAGUCAACCAGCCCACAGCGUCCCACAACUCUCUCCUCUCUAUGAACAUUUCAGCAGUCCACACCCUACACCUGCACCAGCCGACAUCAGCCAGAAACAAGGAGUUCACAGGCCUCUACAGACCCCCGACCUCUCUGGCUUCUACUCUUUGACCUCAGGCAGCAUGGGACAACUCCCCCACACUGUGAGCUGGCCCAGUCCUCCUCUCUACCCCUUGUCCCCUUCCUGCGGAUAUAGACAGCACUUCCCUGCCCCCACUGCAGCCCCUGGCGCCCCCUACCCCAGGUUCACCCACCCAUCCCUGAUGCUGGGCUCUGGUGUACCUGGUCACCCUGCAGCCAUCCCCCACCCGGCCAUCGUACCUCCCUCAGGGAAGCAGGAACUGCAGCCGUAUGACCGGAGCCUGAAGACACAGGCAGAAUCCAAGGUGGAAAAGGAGGCCAAGAAGCCAACCAUCAAGAAGCCCCUCAACGCCUUCAUGCUGUACAUGAAGGAGAUGAGAGCCAAGGUCAUUGCAGAGUGCACACUCAAGGAGAGUGCUGCCAUCAACCAGAUCUUGGGUCGAAGGUGGCAUGCACUGUCUCGGGAAGAGCAAGCCAAGUAUUAUGAGCUGGCCCGAAAGGAGAGGCAGCUGCACAUGCAGCUGUACCCAGGCUGGUCAGCGCGGGACAAUUAUGGGAAGAAGAAAAGGCGGUCUCGGGAAAAGCACCAGGAAUCCAACACAGACCCUGGCUCGCCUAAGAAAUGCCGUGCUCGCUUUGGCCUCAACCAGCAGACGGAUUGGUGUGGUCCGUGCAGGAGGAAAAAGAAAUGCAUUCGGUACUUACCCGGAGAAGGCCGCUGCCCCAGCCCCGUUCCUUCCGAUGACAGUGCUGUAGGCUGCCCCGGGUCCCCAGCCCCCGAGGACUCGCCCUCAUACCUCCUGCUGCCCCACCUCCCCACAGAACUGCUUGCUAGUCCUGCGGAGCCAGCGCCUACAUCACCAGGGCUCUCGGCCGCUCUCAGCCUCCCAGCCCCCUGGACUCCCCCAGGCCCUCCCCAGCACCCUGCAGAGUACACAGGUGCAACGAGAGGAAUCUCAGAGACAGGCAGCCUAGCAUGCACAGGGCACCUGGCUGCCUCCAGGGGCCCAUCCUCCGAGAGGAAGCGACAGAGCCCCAAAGCACAUGGAAACUGGCCAGGGGCCCUGUUACCUCCCUCUCAGGGACCAGGCCCAGGAGACUUCCGAGGCUGCACAACUUCUGCCUGAACCUGGGGCCAUCAAUCCAACUCCUCCGAGUGGCAGGAAUGAGAUCUGUGUUGUGUCAUCGAUUAAGGGCAUCCCUUGUGCCUAUAGC